UACGUUUAUUUCGCGCAUGCGCUUUAACCUGUGAACGCUGUCGUGCUGCUGGUCGUGGGGUCUCUCUUCCCUUGUUACCUGUUUUGUAUCCGCAUUUCGUUUCGUCGCCGCUGCCCGUUUUCGCUUACGCCCCCCGUCUCCCCAUGGCCGACCCUCGCGUGAGACAGAUCAAAAUAAAAACAGGCGUAGUAAAACGCUUGGCAAAAGAAAAGGUUAUGUAUGAAAAAGAAGCAAAACAACAAGAAGAAAAGAUUGAAAAGAUGAAAGCUGAAGAUGGAGAUAACUAUGCAAUUAAAAAGCAGACUGAGAUUUUGCAAGAAUCUCGAAUGAUGAUUCCUGAUUGCCAACGCCGACUAGAAGCUGCACAUUCUGACCUUGUUCAACUAUUAGAAAAUGAAAAAGAGUUGGAAGAAACUGAAGAAUAUAAAGAUGCACAAUCAGUACUGGGAUCAAUUAAGUUAGAAGCCUAGACUGAUUUUUCACUACGUAAUGGAUAUGCUUCAAUGUUGGGUCCGUUGCUAUCUUUUACAGUUUGGUCAUUGCUGUAUAUUUGUUCUAGUAGUAAUAAGAAUGAUAGUGUACUAAAAUUGUAUCUUAUGCCAUAACAAAUUAUUUCGUUCUUUUAAUUUUUUGAGGGCAGCAUUGUAUAAUCAUACGAGGUAAAAUAAAAAUUUAAAAUCAAAACAAAAGAGCAUUUUUCUAAUUAUUUUUAGCAUAAAUAAUAUAGCCAGGAUUGAAUCCUGCAUUCUCUCCCCCAAAUAAAGGGUACUGUUUCUGAUUCUCAUUUGCACAUAAUUUUCAGGAAUUUACUAAUAUCCAGAAUCCAAGGCUUUUAUCCAGUGAAGCCAAUGAUGGGCAACAUGCAUCAGUAGCUUUCCCUCAGUGUAACUGGUAACAAGAAAUACAGGUAGUCCUCGACUUACAACAGUUCAAAGUCACAACAGCACGAAAAAAGUGACAUGACCAUUUUUCACAGUUGCGGACAUUGCAGCAUCCCCCAUGGUCAUGUGAUUUACAU